AGCAGGUCCAGAACACAUGAGAUGAGAUUGGCCCCAGUUCACAGUCCUUGAUUCACUUCGCAUCACUUCGCCAUGGUGGGGACAAAGGAUUCCUUUGAGGUGGCGGCAGCACCCCGUGCUGCAAUAGAAGAAGUGGAAAAUGCUACAAAUACCCAUCACUUGGAGAGCACACUCGCAGGAUUGAAAAGCCUUCGCUACAACAGCUUUGGCCCAGGGAAACCCUGGCUUGAUGUCGACGGGACGCUCAUUUGGUCACCCUUGAGGAUCAAAGUCGCAAAGAUGGUGUUCUCGCAAGGAUUUGAGACCAUGAUGGGAGCAGUUAUAGUGAGCAAUUUGAUUCUAAUAUGGUUUGAGGCAGACCGCGAUGCGCAGUGCUAUCCAACAUUUGCAAAUAACCUCCAAGAUUGUCCGCACCGCAGCGAUGCCAGCUCAUGGAUCAACAUCCUGAAUUUGAUUUUGUUGCUGACAUACACUUUUGAGUGUGGGAUACGCUUCUUCGUGGAGCGCACCCACUAUUGGUACAAUGCCUGGAAUAUGAUCGACUUGGUGACUAUGAUAUUGGGAUGGUUGAGCUUGAUCUUGGCAUCAGUGGUAAAUCUGAGCUUGCUGAGACUCACACGGCUUGUGCGUGUGGUUCGCGCUGUUCGGGUCUUCAUCUCCGUGCCAGAAUUCUACUUAUUGAUCACUGGGCUUUACAGUUCGAUCAAAGCGAUCUUGUUUGGCUCGAUGAUGCUUGUCAUAGUGAUCUUGUUUUGGGCAGUCAUUGCUGUGGAACUGCUGCACCCAGUGGUAUCAGCCCUGGAUACUUUUCCUGAAACAUGUACCCGUUGUCAGCGCAGCUUUCAAGAUGUGGCUUCAGCUGGCGUGACAUUUUUCCAGCAAAUUGUUGCAGGUGACUCAUGGGGCGGGAUCUCCGUACCGUUGAUCGAAGCAAACCCAUUGAGUGGUGUCCUUCUUUUUGCCGUGAUGAUUUUCGUCGGACUGGGCAUGAUGAACUUGAUUUUGGCAGUUAUUGUGGAGCGUGCUACAGAGGCCCGGGAAAACGAUCAUGAACAGAAGAUCAAGAAGAAAGAGGAAGAAAGAUCCAAGAGCAUGGUUGACCUUGCGAAGUUGUGUGCAAGCAUGGACCAAAACAACAACGGUCUUGUGUCAUUGCAAGAAAUGCAAAAUGGCUAUGACCAGCUGGAGUCUUUUCGGAAGCUCAUGCAACAGAUGGACAUCAAGCGGGACGAAAUGCAAACGGUGUUCAGUGUUUUGGACAGUGAUAGCUCAGGGGAAGUGUCGUAUUUGGAAUUUUGCCAAAAUAUCGGCGGCUUUCUGAAGCGGGAUCCAAUUAUCAUGCAUUCUCUUGUGCAUUAUUCCGUGCUGGAAUUGCGUAAGCUGAUCAGGGACGAAGUGAUGCAAACCUUGCAUGACCAGCACACACAAGUGAUGCAAGCUCAGAACAGGCUUCUUGCAGCUGUUGGGUUAGAAGAAGUGAGGUCAGACAGCAAGUCAUAUACCAGUUUCGUUGGACGUGAAAAACAGGAAGCAUUUGCUCGACACCGCAAAUCAUCACAAGCUGGUUCAGGCGGUCCACCGACACAUAACACCCUUGGUUUCGGGAAAAGUGAUCUCUUCGAGACCCUGGAGAAGAUGGAGCAAGAACUGCAGCCGUUGUUGGACCGGGCUCAACAGAUCGUAAUAUCCUUGGUCGACAAGGCGAGUGAAACCAGCCAAAGAUCUGCCACCACAAAUGCAUCAAAUGCAUUGUCCAAUUCAGAACAAUUGCAGUUUGAAAUAGUCGAGGAGAGUGCAGACUUGGACAGCAAAUUUCAAAGGCUGUGCGAGAGAUUUCAAGAGCAACGGAAAGCAGCAGCAUUGUUGCAAGACCACCUUGUGGAUGUUCUCGAAGACUUAGAGCACUUCAGAGAGGAUUCUCAGGGCCAGGGCCAGGGACCGAGUGGACCAAGUACAACGUUUCACAAGCGAUUGUUCCAUGUGUAAAUCAAGUGUACCUAGUUGCAAGUGAGUAAACAGGCUGCAUGUGUAUAUUAUAUGUAUAUAUAUAUAUAUUUGCAUGUCACACGAGGUUUCCC